UUAAAUUAAAAAAGAGAAAUUAGCAAUAAAGCGUGGAGUGGAGCGUGACCACCGUGUCCCAAUUGCGUCCCCUACAACGACUGCUCCUCCCUCAAUAAUUCACACGCGGUGGAGGCGUUUUCCGGCUACCAAUGACUGCUUGUGGUUCAUCGACCGGGCGCCAGCCCACCUGGAAGGAGAGGGAGAACAACAAGCGAAGAGAGCGCCGGAGGAGAGCCGUCGCCGCCAAGAUCUACACCGGUCUCCGAGCUCAGGGCAAUUACCGCCUCCCCAAGCACUGCGACAACAAUGAAGUGCUCAAGGCUCUCUGCCGUGAAGCUGGUUGGGUUGUCGAGGAGGAUGGAACCACUUAUCGUAAGGGAUGUAAGCCACCACAAGGUGAUACUAUGAUGAUUUCUGCGAAUAACAGUGUAUGCUCAUCAAUGCAACCAAGCCCGAAUUCUUCAGCAUUCCCCAGUCCUAUACCUUCUUAUCAAGCUAGCCCGACAUCUUCAUCCUUUCCAAGUCCCUCACGUGAUGGAAACCCGACCUCCUACAUUUUACCUUUCCUUCACAAUUUAUCAAUCCCCUCCGCCCUUCCUCCUCUACGUAUAUCCAAUAGUGCUCCUGUUACGCCGCCUCUCUCAUCUCCUACUAGAAACUCAAAGCCUAAGCUUAAUUGGGAAUCUAUACCCAAAGGUCCACUCAAUUCUUUUGCCCCCUCUAUUUUUGCUGCCUCCGCCCCCUCCAGUCCUACUCGUCGUAGGCGUUUUGCACCUGCCCCAAUUCCAGAAUGCGAUGAGUCUGAUAUCUCUGUAGCUGAUUCUGCACGCUGGGUAAGCUUCCAGACGGGUUCAUCCGCAGUUACUCCCGCUUCACCAACUUAUAAUCUUGUGAAACCUGUGGCUCAGCAAACUUACCACCAUGAGGGUCAAAUUGGGUGGGGAGCAGUGGCAAAGAGGGCACGAGGCUCUGAUUUUGAGUUUGCAAAUGGCGCAGUGAAGGCGUGGGAAGGUGAAAUGAUUCAUGAAGUAGCCCCCCACCGCGCUUACGGCUCUCUACCCCAACCCAACUUGCUCUGGCCCCGGGUCCUUCCUUUCUAUUCCUCGGUAAGCGGACCGUGGGAGCAUGGGGGGGGCGGUAUCUGCUUUUGACU